AGGGUUUUGUGCCGCUCGAGCUCUGGGCAUGCGCAGAUCGGGGGCAAGUCCCGCAUGCGCAGAGGCAGCGCUCACCCGCUGCUGCUCCCUGGCGCUGCGGGGCCGGGCGGAGCAGGAGGGUCUGUGCCGGGGAGACCCAUUAACCCCCCCGUGCCCGGCCCGCGCCCUGCUCCCGCUGGGGCCGCCCCGGGCUCUGCCCGCCCCGCUGCGGCGCUGCAGCCUCCAGGGUUUCCAAUUUCCAAACCUGAUGUGAUCUCCCAGCUGGAAUUAGGGGAACAGCCGUGGAUCUCAGACCUCUAUGGCUCUGAAAAAAGUGCUCCGGAGAGCUGCCUGCACAGGGAGUGACCUACGUCUGGAUUCCCUCUGUCUCCCAUCAGGUGACGGGAUGGUGAGUGAGAACAAGGAGACACCCCAGCAGGAAGAUGCUGAGCAAGUAGAACCACAUGGGAUGUUAUCAGGAAGAUCCAAAGGGAAUGUUUCCAGGAGUUGUGCACUCCCAGAAAAAGAAAAAGCCUGUGAGACUCAGCACAGGCCAGAGGAAAACUUCAGUAGCCACUCAGAUCUUAUUACAUGCGAGAGAAUCAACUUGGAAGAGACACGCUACAUAUGCCAUGAGUGUGGGAAAAGCUUCAAUGGGAGCUCUGACCUUCUCACACAUCAGAGAAUCCACAGGGGAGAGAAACCCUACAUGUGCUCUGAGUGUGGGAAAAGCUUCACUCGGAGCUCACACCUUAUCAGACAUAGGAGCAUCCACACAGGAGAAAUGCCCUACAAAUGCUCUGAGUGCGGGAAAAGCUUCAAUCGGCGCUCAAGCUUUAUUAGACAUCAGAGAAUUCACACAGGAAAAAAACCCUACACGUGCUCUGAGUGUGGGAAAUGCUUCAGUUAUAACUCAGUCCUCAUCUCACAUCAGAGAAUCCACACAGGAGAGACACCCUACAUAUGCUCUGAGUGCGGGAAAAGCUUCAAUCAGAGCUCAAGCUUUAUUAGACAUCGGACAAUCCAUACUGGAUGGACACCCUACACAUGCUCUGAGUGCGGGAAAUGCUUCAGUUAUAGAUCAGCCCUUAGCACACAUCAGAGAAUUCACACAGGUGACAAACCCUAUGGAUGCUCUGAGUGUGGGAAACGCUUCAUGGAUAAUUCAGCCCUCAUCACACAUCAGAGAAUCCACACAGGAGAGAGACCCUACAUGUGCUCUGAGUGUGGGAAAAGCUUCAAUCAGAGGUCAAACCUUAUCAGACAUCGGACAAUCCACAUAGGACAGACGCCCUACACAUGCGCUGAGUGUGGGAAAAGUUUUAAGCAGAGCUCUGCCCUGAUCACACAUCAGAGAAUCCACACAGGGGAUGUGCCCUACACAUGCUCUGAGUGUGGGGAAUGCUUCAGUUAUAGCUCAGCCCUCAGCUCACAUCAGAGAAUCCACAGUGGAGAGAUGUCCUACACGUGCUCUGAGUGCGGGAAAAGCUUCAAGCAGAGCUCAAGCCUUAUUAGACAUCAGAAAAUCCACGCAUGAGAGAACUGUAAUAAAUGCCUCGACUCCGGCUGGCCAAAGAUUGUUUUUAAAAAAAUCACAUUUGCGAAUUCCCACAUAGCGACCUUUGCACCAUCUGCACCGUGGUCUCUCAGCUCCCCUAGAUGAGUUGCCUGCUUCUGCCUUUUGCAGCUCCCCAUUCUUUGGGGUCAGUCCUGUGAUUUUUUUUUUUCUAUCAACUCUUUUCCUUUUGAGUCGUAGGAGUGUGUCCCUCCAGCCAGGAAUGUUCAUCAGCUCCAAGUGGGGGAGAGAGAUUUGAUCCCAACAAGCUACACUGAGGCAAAAACUACUUGGGCCUGACAUCCACUAGGACUGUACGUGGCGUUGGCUGUUCAAGUUAUUGAUCUUGGUGUAAAAAGACAAUUCUAAUUGUAGUGCAGAUGCAGCCCAGGUGCAGUGGGUUGGCAUUAGCUUUCCCCUUGACCUGACCUAAACUCCAUCACUUUUCCUAGUCUAAACAAACCCUGAGCAUCACGGUUAUACUGUCCCUGCAUUUCAAAACAAUUGUUAGUUAUCAAGUUCCCCCUUUGGGAACAAUUUUUUUCAUUCCCAUUUGCUCUGAUGUUGCUUCAGGUUGUGCUGGAGUCCAGAUAUUUUUACUACCAUUUUCCUCACUUAAAAUAUAUUGAACUAUAACAGAGAGCAGGAACAGGGCACGGAUAGGAAAAUGUCAUUUCACUCUCUGUAACAACACAAGAAGAUAGGGUAAGUCAGAGGGAUUCCCUUAUUCGCCAUCACCAUCCCAACCCCCCUGUUGUUAAACUGGUUAGGUCAAUAUUUUUUCUAAAGGGCUGGGAAGAGAAUUUCCUUGUAAUGACUUGGAACUAGGCAAAGUACCCAUGCAUUGGGCUCCCAAAGCAGUUGUGUCCCAGGCCCUGCAGGAGGUCAUUCCUGAAGAGAUCUCCUUCCUAAUCCGUUAGGAAUCAUGUGCUUACUAUUUGGGAAAUGCAAUCCCUAUCUAGGUAGGGAUGGGGAAAAUGGAAGUGACAUUUCUAUUCAGCUCACCGCUGUCAGAUGCUGCAAAUGUGUAGAAAAUGAAAUCCGUGUUGAAUGUGAUAUAGCUGCAGAAAGAUACCUAUUUUCAAUAGAUACCUGACAUGUGGUGUCUUACAGGGAUUCUAAAUCACUCCUGAAUUUAGUCCCUAAUUUGAAUCUGUGCCACCAGAUUAAGGAAAUAAAAGGGCAUAUUUGAGGGAGUUAUACCUCAUUUUCACUACUGAGGGUAUGUCUACACUACGAGAGUAGUUCAAUUUUACUUAAAGUGAAUUUGUGGAACCAAUAUUACAAAGUCGAACGUGUGUAUCCACACUAAGGAAAGUAAUUCGACUUUGUGAGUCCACACUAAUGGGGCAAGUGUCGACAUUGGAAGCGGUGCACUGUGGGUAGCUAUCCCACAGUUCCCACAAUCCCCGCUGCCCAUUGGAAUUCUGGGUCGAGCCCCCAAUGCCUGCUGGGACAAAAAAAUAUGUCAAGGGUGGUUUUGGGUAACUGUCGUCAUUCAACCCUCUCUCCUUCCCUCCCUCCGUGAAAGUGCUGGCGAGCAAUCAGUUUGCGCACUUUUCUGGUGAUUGACAGCACGGAUGCCGCAGCACUGCGAGCAUGGAGCUCGCUGCAAUCAUCGCUGCAGUUAUGGCCGUUGUCAACAGCUCGUGCCUUAUCAUCCACCCUUUUCAGAGGCAGAUGCUGAGAAAUCGGGUGAGGAGGCUACGGCAGCGCGGUGAGGACAUGAAGUCUGAGAGGGGCACAGACCUCUCACAAAGCACGGGACCCCGCGCCGUGGACAUCAUGGUGGCAAUGGGUCAUGUUGAUGUUGUGAAACGGCGAUUCGGGGCCCGGGAAACAAGCACGGACUGGUGGGACCGCAUAGUGCUGCAGGUCUGGGAUGAAUCCCAGUGGCUGAGAAACUUUCAGAUGCGUAAGGGAACUUUCCUGGAAUUUUGUGAGUUGCUGUCCCCUGCCCUGAAGCACAAGGACACCCGGAUGCGAGCAGCCCUGACUGUCCAGAAGCGAAUGGCCAUAGCCCUCUGGAAGCUUGCAAUGCCAGACAGCUACCGGUCAGUCGCGAAUCAAUUUUGAGUGAGCAAAUCUACCGUGGGGGUUGCUGUGAUGCAAGUAGCCAACGCAAUCGUUGAGCUACUGCUCUCAAAGGUAGUGACCCUGGGAAAUGUGCAGGUGAUCAUAGAUGGCUUCGCUGCGAUGGGAUUCCCAAACUGCGGUGGGGCUAUAGAUGGAACUCACAUCCCUAUCCUGGGAUGACCGGACCACCAGGCCAGCCAGUACAUUAACCGAAAGGGUUACUUUUCAAUGGUGCUGCAAUCACUAGUGGACCAUAGGGGACGUUUUACCAACAUCAACGUCAGAUGGCCAGGCAAGGUUCUUGACGCUUGUGUUUUCAGGAACUCUCGUCUGUUUAGACGGCUGCAGGAAGGUAUUUACUUCCUGGACCACAAAAUAACUGUUGGGGAUGUGGAGAUGACUAUAGUGAUCCUCGGGGACCCAGCCUACCCGCUAAUGCCCUGGCUCAUGAAGCCCUAUACAGGCGCCCUGGACAGUGAAAAAGAACUCUUCAACUACCAUCUGAGCAAGUGCAGAAUGGUGGUGGAGUGUGCUUUUGGACGUUUGAAGGGGAGAUGGAGAAGCUUAUUGACUUGCUCUGAUCUCAGCGAAACCAAUAUCCCCAUUGUUAUAGCAGCUUGCUGUGUGCUCCACAAUCUCUGUGAGAGCAAGGGGGAGACGUUUAUGGCGGGUUGGGAGGUUUAGGCAAAUCGCCUGGCUGCUGAUUACGCCCAACCAGACACCCAGGCGAUUAGAAGAGCCCAGCGGGACGCGCUGUGCAUCCGGGAAGCUUUGAAAGCUAGGUUCCAGAGUGACCAGGGUAACCUGUGACUAUUACGUUUUUUUAAACAGAAGCUGAACCUGCCCCCUUUUCUUUACCCAGUUAAUGUUGACUAUCCUCUCCAGUUACCAACCCCCUUUCCCCGCUUCCAACACACCUUUAAAAAUAAAAUAAAUGAAACUUUGUUCAUUAACACCA